AUGAUGAGGGGGACGCGAAAAUCCACUCUCAUGACUCCAGAUCCAUACCAUACACCUGGGUAAGUGAAUUUUCUUUAAGAACCACCUUAACAUGCCGGCGCGCGAGCAAAUUUCCUGUUUAUUACUCGCAAACAAAUGUACAUCAAUAAUUCCUCAGCUGUAGCUACAACAGCAAUGGACUCUUACGAUCAAUUUACCUUCACAGCUACUGUGGCUACUGUCCUCAAUUUAAGUACCAAAUCGGUGAAACUUUCGGUAGAACGACCUCGCAGCUUUUGACAACAUCAUCGGUUGCUAGCUCCGGUAGGCCUGUUCUGUCUGACAUUGUUCCACAGCCUCGGCCACCGAAAGACGGCAGGCGAGCGUUAAUCACGGCUCGAUGCUUAAAUCUUGGCGACCAAAAGCUCUGCGAUGAGAUGGUACCCAACUACACAGGUAAGCGGAUAAAUUUUGUUUGUUUCUUUCCUGUAAUUGUUCAAGUUGGUUCCAGGGUUUAAGCACUGAAUUGGUUAAUCCUUAUUAAUAAGCUGGGUACACAAAACACUGAUUACCGAAGGCAUUUUCGCGGGAACUGUCAACGUAUUGGUGGGAAAUAACGCUUAAACAUAUCCAGGCCAUCUUCAUCUGUACAUUUUGCUUCUACGAUUUUUUAUCUGGCUACCAAGAUAGAGUAAUUAGUCUGCUAGUACCCAUUAUGUGCAAAACGAAAAUUGAGGGUAUAGCGAAAAUUUAGACAAACGUGUGAAAACCUUUGUGUUAACUUCCCUUGCCGCAAUUUAAAACAACAUCAAAGGAACCGACAAAUUUACUGGCGAAAUACAACCAUUUCGGUUUAUUCCUGUGAAAAUUAAGAUCGCAGAUCUCUCAAAAAAGAGAUUUAAAGUCAACAAACGAAAGUUUCUGUUCUGUUGUGUGACUGUCGGCGGCCGAGUCAGAGCAUAGUUUACACUUGUAACCAAGGAAGCGACUUCUUGAAUUUAAUUUAUGUCUCCGUAAUGUAUGCAUUGUCAUCAAACAUUGGCUCAUUCAAUCAGUUUCCUACCCGUUUUUGCAUAUAUUUUUCGUAAGACCAUUCGUUGUGGGCUUGAUCGAGUAGUAUGCCGAGAUGCCACGCUUCUGACAUGUGUAGCAAGCGUUCUUUUAGAAACCGAGGUUUUUGCCUCAAUCGUUAAUGAGAAAAGGUAGAUUCACGAGUGCUAUACAUUGUAUGUAGUAGACCCAGCGAGGCACGCGAGCGCGGGUUUAAAUUACCAGCCGCGAGGAAGGUGUCACGCAAAACAAACGGACAAAAUAAGAAAAAAUAAGCUUCCGGUGGUAGAUCCGCGUGCAACAGGGUUCUUUGGAUAUAUUAAAAUUCAAGGUAUAGAGGAAGGAGGUUAUAGAGGUUUUUCAGAGACCGCUCACGGAAAGAAACACAUAUAGGAUUAACUGCGAUUCUUUCUGAAACCAUUCUCUUUGUUUGGAUUACUUGCACGGUAUCGCAGAUAACUCGGCAACUGAAGCAGAAUAAGGAGCAUAUUAGGAAAGCAAAAAGUUUAUAUAACGAAGAGAUCACGAUAAAAUCAUUCAAAGGGAGAAGAGGCAAAAACGGUUACAGAAAACUCACACUUUUGAUCUUUAGUUGCUUUAUGCAUCCCGCCCAAGGCACUCUCAUAGACUUCUUCAUGACAUUGAGCGUUAUUACAUUCUAUAGGUUAUAUUCCUAAAGGAGAGCAUUACUUUGGAAAACCCUACGCGGAUACCUGCCUGAGCGCCAUUGCAGAUUUCCAAAGCGACCAGCUUAAACACCACCGUAAAAUUCGGGACCUCAGAACAAUUGCUGACCUUCAGAAAGGCAAGGAAGUCCCACCAGAGCUCUUAUCGAAAGACACACUCAUCACUACCAAAUACAGGACCCCACUGCAGUCAAUAACCAUAAAACCUAAAGCUUACUACUCUCCAAACGUUCUGCAGCACUCGCUCUCUCCAUAUGUCAUGAGCAACGACGACCCGAAAAAGUUCCUUAUGUCAGGUUAUACGGGAUUUGUCCCGCGUGCCCGAGGUCAAAUGGGGAUGGGAUACCCGCUAUUGACGAAUAAGGCGCUCUGCGAGUUUACAGAUGAAAGCGACCGUCUGAAACGAGUAAAGGACCUACCCGUUGUGGUGGAACGUCCCGUGAUCAAAAUCGUCGACACCAAGCCAAUUUAUUUGAAAGAUUCAGGACAAGUCCCGCACUAUACUGGCCAUGUACCAGGUAAG